UGUUAAUAUCUGGGAAUGCAAAUUAAAUUCCAUUUAUAUUUUAAUCUGUGGAUGAACGCUUAGUGACUUCUAGUUUCAUGUUGAGAACUUUAUACAGUGAAGUUUUGUGACUUAAGAGCAUAGAAAAGCUGCAUUAUAAUCUUUAUUGGAAACCAUCAUACUUCUCCUGGUGAAUAUAGAUUGACAAUUGACAUUUUCUGCAAUGGGUUUAUUACGUUUGUUAAUCUGAGGGCCCAACGUCUCCUCUCCAUUCCUUUGUCGAUCAUUGAAGAAGGUUUUGAACCUGCAUGAGUCUUUCAACUUUGAUUGUUACUAUUUGCAGAAGCUUUUAUAAGUCUGCAUCUCUUAUCAACAAGAGAUACAGGAUCAUAGUCUCCUAACACAUUAACUCAGAAGGCCAACUUGUGGAUGCGUAUCUCCAUUUUUGACUAAGUUGGGAGAAUGCCCAUCUUUAGAGAUAAAUGAAGUUGCUAUAGGCAUAAGCAAUUGAUGUUUGCAAAUUGCAAGUGUUGCUGUUGCUCCCCGGGGAGAUUCUGCUCAGCACAGGUCAGCAAUCAAGGUUGUAGGACUGAUCUGGAAGGAUGCCGACCUCGGGAUUCGGGUGCUUCUACUCUGCUCGGUCGAUCCAAUAGGAAUGGGCUCAGAUGCUUUGGCGCAAGCUCGAACAUGCAAGGACCGCAGCAUGGGCUGUGUGUUGGAUGAAUCCUCAAACACCACGUCAUUAUGUUCAUGAACUGCCACAUCACUUGCCCCUCCACUUCCUCAGCGAGAGAGUACAAGCCUGGCUUGAUGACAUCAACCUCUGGAUGUUUAGUACCAUCUCAUAAUUUUGAAUCCUCCAUUGGAAUGUGCAGCACUUGGAAUCUCGUGCUGCAAUCAUGGUGGAUCGCUCUGAAUCUGGGCUUGUCAUUAAACAUUUUAACGAUGCCGCUUUUUUUGCAGCGCAUAGGGCAUGUGCUGCCUUCUGGAUGGUAGACUCCCAGGGCAUGAUCUUUGUCAAGAGUUUGGUAAAAAGAGGCCUUCAUCUGAGCUAUGCAUUUGGAGGUAUCUGGUUCAUUCGUUGUGUUAUAAAAGAGGAAGGUGGUGCCCCUUCUCCUUCUCCACUUUUGUCUUCUUCCUGAGUUCUUGGGACCAUAGUUCUAGACUUUUUUGGCCUUAAGUAGAUGUGUAAAGAGCACCUCCUAUCUUUAACAAGUAUAUCCUCUUCAUCUUCUCUUGCUGGGUCGUCUUCUAGGGCGACCUGUACCCAUUAGAGCUACGUCAGCCGAGUCGGACGGAGUCCUCUCUGAAGCCGACCUUGACCUGAUUAGGGGAACAUAUAAUAUUCAGGCCUCUGUGGGGCUUAGGUUGCUCCUUCUUAAUGAGGGGGUCUUCAAUCAGAGGGCAGAUCAGUUGUCCUUGUAUGAAGACACCCUCAAAGUGGAGUUUAGGAUCCUUAUUCAUCCGUUUAUUAUCAAGGUGUUAGGUAUCUAUGUGCUAGCCCCCAUGCAGCUCAUCCCCAACAAUUGGUGGAUGAUCGUGGGUUUUAUUUGUUUUUGUGCUUUUCACAACUUAAAGUUUAGUGUAGAUGUUUUUAUAUUCUUUUAUAUUUUAAAGAAGCAUCCUACCGAGAAUGGAUGGUGGUACUUGACCUCGGGGAAGAGCAUCAGGUUUUUACUUGACAAUCCCUCUUUCAUUCAUAGGUGGAAGGAUAUGUACUUCAUGGCCAUAUCUUCCUCUGAUCGUUGGUAUGUCUCCACCAGUUGGGGUACCAUUGUUGAGAGGCCCAACAAGGUAGUCUUUCUGAAGCACUGGGAGAAGGAAACAAUAGAAUCCUUGGGCCGAUUGAGGGCGAUAAGUCCCAACCAGCUAUUUUCAGAAACUGAGAUGGCCUUACAGCAAGAAGAUAGGAUGAAAGCUGCUCAAGAUGUCAGGAAUAGGGCGGUGGAGGAAAUUUUAGCUGGGCCUUCCAAGAAGCUGAAAUUGCUCCUUUCCAUACCACGAGAAGAACCACUAGUUAAAUCGCGUCCCAUCUAGCUGCAGGACAUUCAGGUGUUGGUAGCCCGUGAAGAAGGCAUGCUAGAGUCUUUUGCUCAAACCUCGUUGUUCAAUCCGGGUGUGAGCUUUGGAGCCUGCAGGGAGUGCCGUGGGACAAGCCUUCUGGGUCCAUGGCUCCGCAAGAGGAGGUCCGCCAUGGGAAGGCUUUAAGGGCUCAGGAAUCUAGCCAAGGUCCGA